AUGACUGCAGAAACAUCCAUUACGAAGUCCUUGCAAAUGAGUAGAUUAGUAAACUCGUUAUUCGAGAAGUUCACUUCCCUGGAGCUUAGAGGGCAUUCCUCCCUCAAACUGGCGGCCAUGUUGCGGUCACAAUGGGUGCGCCGGCGCACGUCUUUAUUAGCCAUGAAUGGCGACGGCAGUAAACAAUUCAAAAUAGACUCUUCCCGCUCGCGUUCCUGCUUCGAUCUCGUUGCGACGAGUUAUUGGAGUAUAGCACGUGGAUGCUCUAAGGUCUAUAAGGCCUUUGCACCCAUUAAUCUUUAG